GAUGUAUCAAAAAAAUUACUUUUUAAAAUAAGAUGUGUCAAAGAAUUUUCUGAAAUAAAAUGCUUCAAGGAUAUAUGGAAAAAAGAACCCAGAUAAUACGCAUGUUUCAAAUCGGGAGAUAUGACGUCUUAGAGACGUCUUAAUUAUAUAAUGACGAUGUCUUUAAAGCCCGAUCUACAUCUAUUGUAAUGCUUUAAUCAUAAUAGCGAUCGAGGUCGUAAGCAAAGGAAAGCUGUUGUAAACAGUAUAUCUAUGCGAAUAUAUCUAUAAACACACUUUUAUUCGCGCGUCGAGAAGGUUGAUAGGUUAGGUUUGUAGGUUAUUGUUGUAACGCCAAACAAGCGUCGUAAUCAAGAGUUCAAGUUGAAUCAAUUCAUACGAUGAGCUUACGAUAGCUGCGAUCGUCGUAAGGAGUUUACGAUGAACAUUACGAUUAAUGUAGAUCGACCUUAAUAGAGUAGCAUAAGAAAGAUAUGACGUCUUAAUGACGUCUUUAAGACGUUAUAUCUCUCGAUUUGAGACAUUAUUAGGUCUGUUUGUUUUCGCUGCACGUCUGAACUAGUGUAAUAAGUUAGAAUAAAACAAAUAUAUUUUCUUUCAUUCUAAGUUUGCACUAGUUCAGAAGUGCAGCGAAAAAGAACAUUAUGUUCACUUGAAACUUUCUAAAAUAAGACGAAUUAGUUGUGUUCUUCUGCAAAUUUUUUCUUUCUUUUGCUCUAUUGUAAAUUACAAAUAGACAAUUGUACUAAAAAUAUAAUUCCUGCUUCCUCUCUCGCUUGUCGGAAAUAUAGAUUGCAUAAUAUCCGACCUGGAAUAUGGAAAAAGAGGAGGGGGAAAGAUGUCAAUUUGUUCCAGAUAUCGCCAAGGUUAUGUCUGGCUAAUGAGAAACCUAUGAAUAUGUUGACACAUAUAACUUGAAUUAGAAUUGUGUUAUUAAAGAAAAAGAAAUUUCGAUAGUGUGUCAGCACUGACGUCUACUGGAUGAUAUAUGUACAAUCGUAAACAUAAUUAAGCAAUGAGGGAGAAUUAAUUUUUCAAGAUCAAAAGUGCAGAAAUCUAUAUUACAGUCAAGUAUCGAACUUAAGAUCGAGGCAAAGUGACGAAAAUCGAUCGUCCUACAAUACGACGAGGAGCUGUACCGUUUCCCCCACCAUGAACUGUGCUAUUGGUGCGGCGAGUAAAAGGGAAGGGCUCUAUUCAUCAACCGCUCAAUAAAACGAAUCCGUGACGAACAUUCCAUGUGUGUAAAUUAUUAAAUGAUCUCACAUGAACGCACAGGACGUCAUUGAGAAAUCGAUUAUAAAUUUGGGCCCAAUAUAAGGAUCUUGAUGGAAUAGUAUAACAAAAACUAUGCAAAUAUGCCAGCUGAUGUGUAACAAGCUGAUAAGAUCGAUAAGACCUACUUAUUGUAUAUGCGUGUGUUACAUUCGAAUAAAAACAUGAAUCUACGAAAGUGAACGUAUGAAAGGAAAAAUUCGAGUGGAAUACGAAACGGUCAGAAACAAAUCAUGUUUUUGGAUUUGAUGCCACGUCAUUAGAAAGAAAAUUUUUUUGGAAUUGCUACGCGUCUUUCUAGCCCCUCCAGACGGACAUAAAUGGAGCAGCAAAAUUUUUUCAAAAAUUAAUUGCCGGUAUGUCGGCCCGUAUGUGCCGGUUAAAAAUAAGAUUCCCUUAUUGCGCAGCGAAUCGGGACGUUACAAGCGCAGUUUCUGCUUUCUGCUCGCAUUUUUCGGCGCUUCGUGCACGCUCGGCGAUCUUCGGGAACGGAAACUCGGGGCCUAAGUGCAGUGUACUCCACGCUCGAUGCGCAAACCCAUCGAUGACGCUGUGGACAGUUCGCGCGGUUUCUUUAACUCGCGUUUGAAGAUAUCGGGGGAGAACCGGGAGAGCGAUGUGGAGAGCGGCGAUAACGACAUUCGCGACGUUCCGCAAGCGACGUUCCGUUCUCGACCGAAGUGCCAUCGUGUCGUUCCAUGACAUCUCGUUUGUGCUGAACGAACAUCCCCGAUGAAACACACUCUCCGCUACCGAAACUCUUGUGUUCUCGCAAUUUUCGCCUAUGCCGAUGCAAAACCAAGGCAAAUUGCCCUAUUUAAGGGGCAUAAUCUUUUCGAGGUGAUGCACCUUAAAGUGAUUUUACACAGAUAAGCGCGCUUUCUCGCGUCCGUUCGAGGUUGUGCAACACGACUCGCGGAUAGCCCUCGUCAUUGAGGAAAAAAAAAGCCAGACUUAUAACGAGAUCACAUCGAGAAUCACGGAUAAAGGCUCCUCCGACUGGAAAAGUACGCCGUUGUACAACUUUCAGCUGGAGCAAGCGGGAGAUACUCGUUUUCGGCCCGCCAUCUUUUAUACCUGGAUAAGGUCAGGGCCCUCGGCCCCCUUAGUCAGGGCCUGAUCGCGUCGUUCGAUCACAAGCGAACAAUUUCCGCGACGAUUCGUGCACACGUUCAUCUUACGAGCGCGACGAGCAUCCCGUUUCAUCGGGACGCAUCGGAUUUUUGCGUCAAUCGUCAUAUUUAGCAAAAUAGUGACCUCGCGCACGACGGGCAUCGAUCCAGAAUGAGGCGUGCGCGCGCGCGCGCGGUACAGUGUACAGUAGGCGUCAAAAUGUUGGUGCUUUUUCGUUCGACGAGUAACGAGUAACCUCUAUGCACUAAUCGUUAAAUUAAGAGCGGCAAUUAUGUCGACACAUUAAACAGAAAUAGAUUCCUUCUGAUCCCACGAGACGGAUGCCCACAAAAGGCGAAAAAAGAGAAUUAAACGUACUAUAUGUACGAAAAAGGGUAGGGAGGAAAGGGAGGAGGAAAGAAUUUCUCGAACAUAAGCCAAUUAUGACAAGUAGUUUUCUUUUUUUUUUUUUUUUGAAGUGUUUUUUUAAAUUUAGAGCAAAAAACCCUCAUUUUGCGGGUGCAAACCUUGUUGACAGUGGAACGGUGUGUCUCGGUAUUCAACUGUUUUGUCCUGAAGAUGGUAAUUUCUUGAAACUCGAGAGAUAUUGUUAUUCAAAACUGCAUCAGAAUUAUUUGCUCUCUUUCCUCCUCUCUUUCCGUUCCAUUUUUUUAAACGUAUUAAUUUAUUACUAUUAUUUCGGUGUAGAAACGGAUCUUGUAGAGAGGUUAUCCACGAGACAAACAGUACCUAAACCACAAUGACGCCCGCUCUACGACUGGACUACUUUUUUUAUUGACGAUACUUUCGCGAACGGAAUUGAUGAUGCUGUCAAAUAUAUAUUGGCGCUGUCAAUCGGGAUACGAAAUGAAAUGUGCUUGUCUUAUAUUGAAAAAAGUAUUUAAUUGUCAAGAUAAAUGAACAGUGACAUUUUACUGUUCUCAAUUUUAUAAUGGAAAAGACGCAAGCUGGAACAGUGCAUAAUUCAGAAUCUAGUUCCCCAGUCACAUGUGACGAUAGAACUGAUAAUGAUGAACUGUCUAAAGAGAAAGAGGAUGAAUUAUUAUUCGGUGCAGAAGAAGACGGGGACGAUGAAGAUGCACUGUCCGAUGAUAGUUUGCGCUUGAGAUUAUCUGACGAUGACGAUGCUGAGCAAGAGAACGCUACAACAAAAGACACAAAUACUGCGGAAUUAAAAUCGCAAAGUAGAAUAGCUGAACAACCAAUUUUAAAUAAAAUCGCAGAAAAAACACUAUACUCCGACCUGCAGGAGACUGUAAAAGAAGUUUCCAAGUCUGAUAGUGAAGAAUCAUCGCAGAACGAACAUGAUACAGCGCCCUUAGAUGAAUAUACAUCCGAAAACAAACAAGUACAAGAUAAUAUACGUAAGUCGGAAAAUACCAGUGCGACUGCUAAUGAAUUUAAUGAAAAGUGUACAUUCAAAUCUAGCAAAGAUUUAAAAAUUACCGAUGUAAGCAACGCGUGUCCAAUUGCAGUAUUGAAGGGACAUACCGCAAUAGAAAAUGAUAAAUUGUCUAUAAAUAAUCAUACACACACAAGUAAUGUUCGAAAUGCAGAACUAACAACUCAUAGUGAAGAAAAUCUAAAAGAGGCAUCCAGCGAUAGUAACCAAAUAAUUUCGACAAAUUGUGAGCAAAAUAAAUUAGACAGUGUAGACAGUAAUAUCCCUUCUGUAGAUUCUGCUAAUAUUAAGAUAUGUAAGAGUGAAAAAUUGGUUACAAAUGUGAUUGUUUCUAAUAAUAAUGAUGAUAAUUUAGAAGACAAAAUAGUAGACAAACAUAUUAAAAAUAACAGUCACUCUCUAAAAAGCUCACAUGUCGAACUUAAUAAUGGUCCAGAUUACGUGGAUUUAGUCAACUCCGGUAAUUCUAAGGAUUCAUUAUCAUAUAUAGAUACUAUUGCGCAUCAAAAUAAAAACAAACAUUCAGAACUGAUGGAUGUAACAGAAAGCAAAAGUGUAUCAAAUAUUUCAAAAUUCACAGAAAAAGUGACGAAUAUUUCAUUGAUACAAGAUCAAAAUAUUUCAUCCAAUGUUAAAGACAACACAGAAGUAACCGAAGACCGUAAUGUUGAUAAAUUUGUAACCCAAACUAUAGAUAAUAAUUUAUUAUUAACAAACAUUUUAUUAGUACCUAGCGAUGUGGAUAAUUCUAAUAGCGAGAAUGGAACGAAAAAUGUUGACACGGUCAUUCCGAGAAAUAAACGAAUUAAAAAAACAAUCAAUACGGUACAAGAUCGUACUGAAGAAGAUAAACAAGAGGAGAGCGGGCGAAAAAGGCGGAAGACGGCUAAAAACGCAGAAGAGAUAAUCAGGAAAAAGUAUCUUAAUAGCGACAGUGAUUCUACCGAUACUACGGAAGAAUUCGUAGUGAUGAACCACAAACUGAAUCCGGAUAUACGUCCUGCAUCACCACCUUCAUUAAAACGUAAUUGUCCGGAAAACGAGGUUUUUAAUGGUAAUAUUAAGAAAGCGAAAAUGAGUACCAAGGGCUCGGAAGAAAAGAAAGAUGUCACACAAUUGUCCUUCAUUGAAAAAUUUUUCCGGCGGGACCUCAAAGAGAAAUUACCAAAACUUACGCAGGAGGAAUUGGAAGAGCUCCUGAUUCAAAAGAUUGCCGAAACAAUCGCGAUGCGCAGUGAAAUUGGACAGCUCAGAGAACAAGCUCGCAUAUCAGAGAAAUAUCAAGAAACAACGCGUGUGAAGAUGCAACAGUUGAUGAAGCAAGUGAAGGAUUUCGAAAUGGUGCUGAAUCGUAAUGCGAUAGACCGUCGUGCGAAUCCUGACAAACCUGUCGCGCCUAUAAAAAUAAAUAGAUCUGUAGGCUUGCAAGUCAGCUUUAUAACGGAACACGGAAUGCAGAAUCUACGGCAAACCGCGAAUCUCAAGCCUGCAGCAAACACAACGAACAUCAGCACCACUUCUCCACCUACUGAGGCAAAUAACAAUGUAACAAGUCCAAGACGCGGUGGAAUUAAAAUAAGAUCGCCCCGACCUGUAGUAACCGUCUCUACUCCUAUAAUCACGCAGAAUCAUCCGGCUCAAACGGCGUCUGUUAUUUCCACUGUGACGCCCGCAGCUUUGGUUGUUGCUAAACCUUUAGAAGCAUCACACACCCUAACGUUGUCCAACCAGCCUAGCGGUAUUCAGCCAAUCUUACCUGCUCCGCAACAGCAAAUUCAGUCGCAGCCACAUCAGACUAUUGUCCUAAAUGGCAAAAUACAAAAUCAAGGAAAUCGUCCGAUAGCUCCGAAACCAAGAAAUAACGAUCUUAUUGAUCUUACGGACGAGGAAGAAAAGAAUAAAUCAAAUGCGAAAGUUAAGACUACAGCAUCUACAAUUGAACAGCAAUUGAAUAUAACAUCGAAACCUGCGCAAUCUUUCCAAAGGGUAAUACAGACAUUACCGGCAAACGUCGCAAUUACGACGCAGCCGACUAGUAUAAAAGUGAUAACGACUAAUCAACAGCCAGUAUCAACUGCUCUCGUUAAUAAUGUGAAUCCGCCUAGACUGCAGGCGUAUGUGAUGCAAAGUAGUGGCACAGGUUCGCCAAGACAAGUAUUGAUAGCAUCAAAUUCUAAUCAGCAAGUACAGAUACGACCUGUGAGCACACCUAAUAGGCCACCGUUUUCAACUGUUACUUAUAAGGGAGUAUCAACACUCGCGAAUGGUACUGUGCGCCUACUAACCACGCCUACAGUUCUACAGAUAAAUAAGCAUCCGGCGCCACUGCCAGACAUUCCAACUUACGCAACGACACCUGGCUGGAAGCUUCCACCGCCCGCACCAUCGUUGAAGAUUUCAAAAGUCUCGAAUGGCAUAGUGUUAUCCUGGAACAUGAAUCUAACGGAUAAAUAUGCGGAUAUCGCCAGUUAUCAAUUGUACGCUUAUCAGGAAGUCGCUGGUGUGAGUCCUAGCACUUCACUGUGGAAGAAAGUGGGGGAUGUGCGCGCACUUCCGCUGCCUAUGGCGUGUACCUUGACUCAGUUUUCCGAGGGUAACAAUUAUUACUUUGCGGUCAGAGCGGUUGAUACACAUUCUCGAAAAGGACAGUACAGUACACCUGGCAAUAUCUCCCUGUAAAGGAGCAACAUCAAGUUUCGAGAUCUCCGUUCUUUCUCUAUUUCUGUUUUGUUACUCUUUACACUUGCGUUCAACGCGUACUUGUGAUAAAAAUAGUUUUUAGAUAACGUCUCACAAUAACACGGUACAUUAUAA